UGGAAAAAGGAGUACAAAAGAAGUACAAAAUUAAGAAAGGUGUACAUUUCCAGAUAUUUUUUUUUGGAGCACAAGGGAAUACAUUGCAAUUAAAAGUAGUACGUUUACUCCCUAACCUAUCUCGGGAGCCAGUUCGAAAACUUUUCAAGAACGCCCAACUUCAGAAUUUUAUUGAAGGCCCUAAUUCAAAAUUUUAUUGAAAAACACCCUAUCUGAGAAUUUAGUUGAAGAAGGCCCUAUCUGAGAAUUCGGCUCAAAAACGCCUUACCUCAAACGAAAAUACAUUGAAAAUAAGCUGAGAACUGGCUGCCGUGAUAGGGGUCGCCUUCCACGCAGCCAUCGAUAUGCUGCUGGAUAGUUUUGUCUGAGGAAUACGGGUACACACCUGUUCUCUUCUCACGCGGAAUUUUUAACCAAUAUGAGGAAUGAUAUAAGGAGUGAUUCUGCGUCAUUAGCAAAAAAAUUCCAUUUUUUGAGUUCGGACAGUAUUUUAGUAAAUGAACGAUAUAUCCUUGAAUACAAAUGUACAUACAUAUGUACAUAAGGUAUGUACAUACGUAUAUAUUUGCAUAUUUGCUUAUAUUCCAGCUAUAUCUUUGGAGCCGCACGUUAAAUCGUUGCAUCUGACUCUAGCAUAUCAGUUUCCGCAGAAUCAGUUUAAUGCACUUAAAAGCUUAGUGGAAUCGCUAGAUGCGUCCUGUGCAUCCAACUGGGAGCUGCGUCUGUAUUCUCGCGACCCUCGGCUAGCCACUAAACAAGUGCACAAAGUGGUGUAUCCCCACAGUCCACAUGAAAUCGAUGAACUGGAGUUGCGCAUCGGCGAUUACAUUUAUUUGAAUACAGAUGCAGUCGACAACUCGUGCGAUGGCUGGGCCGAGGGUAUUUCAUGGCUAACCGGCAGCUCCGGACAUUUACCUGUAAAUUACACGGAACGAACUGCCGAGUCAGAUGCGUGGACAUUGCAUCGUAUUGUGCAGUUAUCCAAAUCGAUGACACCAUCACUAAUAUCUGCCGACGAAAUUGAUAUUGUUGACGGGCGGAGCAUUUCCACUGAACCUGAGGAGCAGCAAAGGGAUUUGCAUCAUCAAAUUGGUAUUCCUCACGAACUAAUUGACGGCUCGGCAUUUAAUGAGGACUCUGAAAAUAGCGUGGAAAAAUAUUUACGUAAAACUCUGCAACCUUGCUUGGAUUUGCCAUUACUGCAAAGUGUGAACAGCCAAACAACUCAUAAUAGCAGCCAUCAGUCACAAUCUCAACAGGCUAGUCAGCAUACAGUGCAACAGCAGAUCAAACAGCAAGAUACGCCGAGUUUAGAAAUGAAUGUGCCAGAUGUGGCUAAACGGUUAGGGGACAUGGACAUAAUGGUGGAACCGAUGGGUGUUGCAGCACCAAAUGCUGAUGACACGCUCAGUAUGGAUUCGGAGCGUUCACACGAGGCUGCGAGCCUUGAAGUAGCACCGGUAAAAUGUCGUCGGAUAUACAUAAUGCGACAUGGAGAGCGUGUGGAUUUCACUUUUGGCACUUGGAUACCAUAUUGUUUCGAUGAAUUUGGCAACUACGUACGCAAGGACUUAAAUAUGCCCAAGCAAUUGCCCCGAAGGCAAAGAUGUCCUGAAGGCUGGCAAAACGACUCGCCACUUACGAAUAUCGGUCUCUAUCAAGCAAAAUUGACUGGAGAAGCGUUACUUGAAUCCAAUGUCUGCAUCGAUCAUGUUUAUUGUUCUCCAGCCUAUCGUUGCGUACAGACCUGCAUGAGCACACUAGAAGGUUUGCAUUUGCGACAAAAGUGCAAGGUUAAAGUGGAACCCGGAUUAUUUGAAUGGAUGGCAUGGUAUCCUGAAGGUGUUCCGGAUUGGCUGGGUAUAUCCGAGUUAGUGAAGGCCGAUUACAACGUGGAUAUUAAUUAUCAACCAUUUAUGACUGCAAAUAAGUUGAACGAUUGCAUCAAAGAAACAACCGAAGAGUUUUAUACGCGUAACUACGAGAUUAUGCGUAAAAUUAUUGAAACAACAAAGGGUAACGUAUUGGUUGUGGCCCAUGCAACAACUCUCGAUACUUGCACACGUCAGCUAAUUGGUGCAUCACCACGUAGUACGAAUGAAUUGCGCCAAGUUAUUCACAAAAUACCAUAUUGCAGCCUAGGGACUGUAGAGGAAGUGGAUGCUGGCGUCUGGAAAUUUGUAGAACCUGAAUGUUUACCCGUGACUCAUUCAAAAAAUCCUCGCUUCGAAUGGAAUGCACUUACUGCCACAUAGUGUUCGUGCUUUGAUGAGAUGCUGCUGGUUGCUGAAAAUCGCGUGGAGAAGGUAUUGUGAAGAAAUGUUCAUUAAAAUAAUUUAAACCAAAUUAAUGAUUUUCUUCGAAUUAUAAAAGGAGAGAAUUGAAACUAAUUAAGAAUUCCUUCAAGGAUAAUACAAAUUCUUGUACUGACUCCUAUUUUCGACUACACAUAGCCUUGCCAUCGUUUAAAUGCUAUUAUGAAAUUCAGAAGUAAAUUUACUUUAAUGAUUUAUAAUCCAAAACGCGAUAAUAAAGCUCUGUUUGCGCUCAUCAAAAAU